UUUCAGCCCAUAGCUGAUUCUCUGGGGCCAUUGUCAUGGCAUUGGGAGUCUUGCACCGGAUUAUCACCCAACCAUCGCAGUUGCUGGUUCAUAUUAACGGCCCUUCUUUGUGAGGGUUUAUCUACCAGUCUGAACAUGAAUGUUUAACGAGUUCGUGAACCUUUUGACACAUGAGGCCCCCAAGGGCCGUUCGAGAAGGGUCGGCAACCCAUACUAAAACGCAGGGUUCAAUAUGCAUCUCUGGCACGAGACAGCCUACACUACGUCAUGCGCUUCUAGAACGCUGGUCCAGUAUCAACCAUGUCUUUCUCGAAAUCGUUUUAAGGGUUCCUCUGGUCCCCACGAAUGAGCCAUAUUAUCAAUACCGGAGAAUAAAAUACAUUUGAUCAUUUUCUUGAUCAAGCAUUCCAUCUAUCCGAAAUUUCGUACUAGAUUAUGAACCAGGCCAAGCCAACCGAGAUGGGUACGGAUAACAAGCGUCUAUUGAACCGAUAUGGCAUUCUUCCAAAGCGAGGCAACCUUCUCAAUCACCAAUUAGAAGGAAGAAAAUAUUUCGACUCGGGAGACUUUGCUCUCAGCCAAGCUCAUCGGCCAUCUAACAUUGGCAACGUCACAACAGGUCGCGAACAUCCAAUCCGCCAAGACAUAUCAGAGCCUUCUAGUUCCGUCCCGAGCUCAAGUAACAUUGAUGAUAACGCAAACCAACAGUCAUCAGCGAGACGAAGAAGCCUGGAAGUAAAGUUUCACGCUCAGACUCACCUUCAACAAGAGAUGGAAAGUCCUCCUCAGAGUGAACAUCAUGGUACAGAAGAGAGAAACAACGGGUAGGUUAUUGUUGAAAUGGUACGUGUUUAUCAAACAUGACUCAGUCUGUGAGCAUGCGAGGUGUUCUUACGUAAAGGGAAAAUGGAUAUUCGUCCAGAGUCUAUUGAGACCUAUAUCUCCAAAGGACUCUAUGUAAUUUUAGGUCGCCAAGAACACUCUCUUCAAGCAUCAAGUCACUACUAUGUAGGACAACAACUUCAAAUCUCGCCCACCUCUCGCGCCUUAAUCUGCAUUGGGAGCGUCUGAAUAGCAUCAUUAGAAGCG